CCGGGCUGACUGGGCCAACUGGGCCAAUGGCCGCCCCCCCAAGACCUGCUUCACCGCCUCGGCCGGAUGCAGCAGCGCAGCCAGUGCAAGCAGCUGACCUCCAGGCAGCCCUUCUUUAAUCUCCUCAUCCUCUCUCUUGCCUUCUCCCUCUUCCUCUCCUUUCCUCUCCUCAUCCAUCCAUCCAUCCAUCAUCCUUCCCUCCAUCUCCUCUUUUUGUAUUACCCGUCUGACAUCCCCCCUCUCCCCCCCUUCACCCCCCACCCUCCACACACACGCGUAUUUAUCCCCUCUCUCCUUUCUAUCAUCAUCAUAAUCAUCCUCCUCAUCAAACUUUCUAAUUCUCCGUCAUCAAAUUCUCCUUUCUAAUCAUCAACACCAUCCUCGUCAUCCCUCUAUUACUCACCCUGUCGUCGAGCUACACACCGCUCGGUACUAGCGUGCCUUUUCCUUAUCUCUCGUCGGGCCGUGCUCAAAAAACCACGCCAGGACAGACAAGCACUCAACUCACUCCC